CAUUGCUCUUGCCAGCAAGUCGACAGUAGUUCUUCAGUCAACCUUACCAAGAUUGCAGAUUUAUGGAGCUCGUUUUGGACAGAAGACGUGUUAUAAUAGGAAGCCGUUUAGUUUCAGUUUUAAUGACUGUCCUUUCCCGCAAUGUAAUCAUGACAAGCUCUUGAGGAAUCUUCCAUCUUUUGUGAGAUCACGUUAGCUUUUUUCUUGUUGGAGCUAUUCUCGGAGUUUCACUGCGAUCAGGCGCAUAAAAUCAGUCACAAUGUGGGGCAGAAACGAAUUUGAGGAUGGAUUUGAUACCUUUAAAACGGGUUCCAACACCAGCCCUCCUGGAUGGGUCCCGGGGUGUGAGUCGUCAUGGCAGGGUACCUCCUCUGCCCCAGGUAACAGUAACCGUGGGAGACGCCACAGCGGUGCCUCUGACAGCGGUGACACGGGCAUUGGCACAUCCUGCUCCGACAGUGUGGAAGACCACUCCAGCUCCAGCACCACCUUGUCCUUCCAGCCACUGCGCUCCCAGGGUGCCAUCCCCACGGCCCACAUCAUGCCCUCGCCCUCCUCCGGCUCCAAGCUCAGCACGGUGCCCUCCCCUGGGGUCAGCCCCUGGUCCUCCUGCCAGCUGCCCUCGCCCCUCGACAGCCCCCUGGACAUGAAGGACCCCCGGCCCGUCCGCCGCUGGUCCUCCCUCACCCGCCUCAGUGCCCAGGAGAAGACCAUCCCCGGGGGGAGGGCGGCGUACCGCUCUGACCCCCAUGGCUCCCUGGACAGAGGGGUGCUCUACGGAUACAGGCAGGACCCUCUGGGCCCUACCGACCCCUACCUAUCCCUCUUGCACUCCCCAGGAGCCGAGGCCAGGUACAAGUACCCCCUGAGUACGAAGACAGACUCUCACUCUGCCUGCUCGUCCCCACUCAAACCCAACACCUUAGACCUGACCUACAGUGCCUUACCGGAGACCAAGCACCCUGGCGUUGGGCUGACGGUACCCAGCCAGAGGGUCCUACCGCUGGGCCACCAGACAGUAGGGGGGUCCCCCAUCCAGCCAGCAGUGAGGACCCAGAUGUGGCUGAGUGAGCAGAUGGAGUACCGGCCCCCCGGCCCCGGGCCAGAGCUGUGUGGGGGCCUAUCGGCCUGGCAACAGGAGCAGCAGCAGAGGGAGAGGCUACGGCAGGAGGCUGAGCUCAACCAGAUGCUGGGCGGAGCCUCCCUUCCUGUGAACACGCUGGUGAAGAUCAAAGAGGGCCUUCUGCGACAGAGAGAGCUGGAGAUUGACAGACAAAAGCAGCAGAUCCUACAGCUCCAUGCUCGGAUCAGGGAGAACGAGCUGAAAGCGCAACAGGUCCUCCAGAGCCAGAAGGGGCGCUGUGACGACCCCUAUCUACUCAAAGCUAAGGAGUCUCCAUAUGACAGUCCGGUGACUCAGUCACACCCCCAGCUCCAUCUGCAGCUCCACCCCCACCCCCAGCUCCAGCCCCACCCCCAGCCCCAGCUGCAGGUCCCAGAUAGGGUGAGCCCUCUGUGCUGUGACAAUGGGGAGCUGGGCCGUAAGCUAGCCGCUGCAGAGCUGGAGGUCAUCCACCUCAAUGAGUUCCUCAAACAGAACACCCAGAAAUACACAGAGGACAUCAAGAAGCUGGAGGAGAAGAUGAAGACGCGUGACCGCUACAUCAACAGCCUGAAGAAGAAGUGUCAGCGGGAGAGUGAGCAGAACCAGGAGAAGCAGCAGAGGAUAGAGACCCUGGAGAAGUACCUGGCUGACCUGCCCUCCCUGGACGAGGUCCAGACCCAGGCCCAGCAGCUGGAGGAGGGUCAGGGGAAGGCCCAGGGCCUGCAGGACACAGUGGCUCGUCUAGAGAAACACCUGGAGGAGGGCCGCACCGUGCUGCAGGAGAAAGAGGACCUGAUUGAGACCCAGUGCAAGAGGGAGAAGGAACUGGUGGCUGCUGUGCAGAGCCUGCAGGAGAAGGUGGAGCAGUGUCUUGAGGACGGGGUCCGUCUCCCCAUGCUGGACCUGAAGCAGCUGGAGGUAGAGAACGCACGGCUACAGGAACAGCAAGCCACCACCAGCAAUCUGAUAGACAAUCAGAAGAACCAGAUUGAAAAACUCACUCUUGAGCUGACGGCUGUAGAGCAGAGUCUACAGAAGGAGCGAAGUCUCUCCCAAGAGCUCCAGCAACAGCUGCAGGAGAAGGACGAGGACCUGGUUGCUUUCUCCCACACCCACACCCUCCAACAGAACCAAAGGCAGGUGGAGGAGGGCGUGGCGGUGCGUCAGGGCUGCGUGGGCCAAGGGCCCGAGGUGGGGCCCCUACUUAAGGAGAUGUCCCUGUGUCUGCUGGACCUCAAGGCCCUCUGUAGUAUCCUCACCCAGAUGACACAGGGCAAGGAGCCCAACCUGGCACUGCUACUGGGCAUCAAAUCGAUGAGCAUGUCAGGGGAGGAGAAUGACAACUCCCUGGUGGAGGACAACUUGCGGGCCAAGCUGCUGGAGGUGGGCCAGCUGAGGAAAGACAUCGACGACCUGCGAACCGUCAUCUCCGACCGCUACGCACAGGACAUGGGCGACAACUGUGUGACGCAAUGACAAUGAUAAUGACACACCCGCCAUGAGGGGCUCUGACGCCCCUCUUCUCUUGUCAUCACACAGCGUCAGCGUGCCCACUUCCUUCUCCCUCUCCCCAGGGCUACUGUUUCACAGCCAGUGAGGACAGGAAGAAUCCUGAUUGGAGGAAAACCAGGAAGAAUAGUGUUAAAAAGGGAAUAAUAAACUAGGUACAGUGUCAAGCGGCCGUGAGGUUUUUAUCCAGUUCUAUGUGAUGGAGGUAUCUUAUCUCCAGCUUUCUGAACGUAGGACCAAGCUGUGAAUCAAGUUUACAAGGAACAGUCUUCUUAAAUAGGAUGUUUUGAUUUUUCAAAUGUCGAUUGUGCUUCCUGUGUAAUAGAAAUAAUUCCUACAUGAUCAUGUACAUUGCUUCAUGCACAUAGACUUGUUUAUUUCAACCUGGAGACCCCUACCCUCACAGAUGCACAGAAGGGAGUAUGAGUGUGUGAGUGUAUGUGUGUGUUGGUGUGUAUUUGGCCCCUCCCACACAAUCACCAGCCAGUAGGAACAUUACUCUCACUGCUGCUCUGUCAAGUGCCUCUGUGUGACAGCUUCUCCACCAAUCAGCUGUCCCCUUCCUAAGUUGUCUCCAAUGGCAACCAAUGGCUCUCCUCUCACACAUCAUCUCCACAACGUGUGUUAUCCAAAGACAUCGUCCCCAAACUUCUCUCUCUCUGUCAGCUGCUGCCCACAGUCGCAGGUCGACACUGCAUAGUGGCACUUCUUCCUUUCACAACAUAUCCGCGCCAUUGUAGUGUUUCCGGUUCCUUGUUAAUAUGGGUGUUUCUUCUGUGUGGGCCUGUGUGAUUUCAGUGAUGUGGAUAACCCAGACUGGUUAUUAGGAUAGCUAUGUUGAAAGGGAAAUGAUAGCAUGGCAAUAAUACCUUCACUUAUAUUAUUGGCUGUUGAUGUAUUGUUGUUGAACAUCUUAAGCAAUAUAUUAACCCAUCAAGUAAUAUUCAGGUAUCUUUCUAACCAAAUGAAAUUCAGGAAUUGUUUUUCGAAGUUAGGAAUCUCCAUGGUAAGGUCAGGGCCGUCUCCCAUGAGUUCCAUAGACACCUAUUUGAUUGAGACAGUAGAACAAAUGCAAAACCACCAAGGGCAAAAUUGAUAAGGCACUUCUACAGUUUAGGCCUUCAUAACAUUACCCACUGGGACUUGACUCAGCUACUCAGUUGUAUCCAUCCAUUCAGUCAAUAUAAGAGCACGUUAAACAUCAAGGUUACUGAUCACUCUAUUCCUCCAACCUCUUCCACACAGUAGAGGUGACUCUUUAGUCUAAUGGAUUCAUGAUGUGAUCGUUGGUUCACAUUCUCCUGUUUUACUUCAUUGAUUGUUUGCUGUCGUUCCCACCAUUUUUUCAUAGGAAUACUCCUCUUGCUUGAUCUCUAAUUAAAUGGAAAGUUAAUUUUAGAGAGGCGCUCAUGACAACCAACACAUAACUGUUUGCUACAAGGUGAUGAAUGUUAUUAUACAUGUUAUUUUAAAAACGAUUUACAGAUACUGUAAUUCAGCCUGGUGAUAAGUUGUUAAAAAUGGCAAUAUCCAUUUUCAGAGGUAAAUAUAUACAUAUAUAGCAUGUUUCGAAGUGACAUGUUUUAAUGUGGACUUAAGUCAUUGUGUUGUGUGCGAAGAACAAUUUGCAUGGGUAGGGUAUCCUAUUCUACUGUUGUAUUACCAAUCUUAAAAAGGAAACUUGUACAGUAUGAGCUAUGUAAGAAAUGUUUUGGCAGGCUAUAAGAUAGGGAACAGGGGUUUUGACUAAGGGCUCGAUUCAAUCUAUCGCUGAAGCGUUAGAGAUUCCGCGAUCAAAAGAUAAAGGUCACUUCCGAUUGAGCCGACAUAUGCAGCGUUUACCGUGAAUGCAGUCUCACUAACGCUGAACUUCAGCGAUACAGAUAGUUCCGCAUCUAACGGCUCGAUUCAAAGGUUUUGACUAAGCACUCGAUUCAAUCCGUACGGCGUUGGAUGUUCCAAUGUUCCUGUAUUGGAGGAAACUGCAUUCACGGUAAACGCUGCAUACGCUCAAUCGGAAAUUACUUUUACAUUUCAGUCGCACUAUACUGCGGAUAUUCCACGAUACGGAUUUAAUCUAGCCCUAAGUGAUACACGGAAACUGUAAAAUACUAUGCAAUGUCCCAUGCACCAGCCAGCGCCUCACAUUCAGUUAUCAGCAGCAGAUAUGAGAUAUUGUUAUUCUGUGCCUUUACAAAUCUAUGCAGCAGAUAAGAGCUCCUGUAUGUUCCUCCCUAUUGACAUGAAUAGUGUCUGGAGACAUGUAACUAUUCUGCAUGUAUGUUUCCAAUGUAAAUAGGACUGACUCACUUACAAUGUAUGAUUACCAUCUUACAUUGUACUGUCUGUAUGUUGACAAAGAUGUUGCUAAGCAAUAGCCACAAACAAUGCAUACAUAUCCACUCAGGGAAAUAAAGACCAUAGCAGGCUCUUGUGAAACCUGAAGAAGAAUGUACUCGGAUGCACAGAACGGUGAGGCACUGUAUGUAUGGCAUCCAUUGUGACGGUAUAAGUCUAUGGUGAGACUGGUGUUGUAGACUAAUCUAAAGGGAAAGGUGUGGUUGUCAUGGCUAUCUCUCUGUGCACUGUGGACUAUGAGCCACUGGUUGGCUUUAUUGUACGUAGGAUUAUUUCUGUGGUUUAUAAAUGUUUUAAGCUUUUAAUUUUGCAGCUAGAUUUUAUGAAUGCCAAAGGUCUAUUUAUAUACAAUGUUCCUAAAUGUAUUAACAAGUAUUUUUCCAUUUUUGAAGGCAGUGAUAUGUUAUUUGUACAGAUUGCAAAUACAAUAUUUUUCUAUAA